AUGUUCUUUGUAAGAUUAAGGAGCUUUCCCUUUCUUCCUAAUCCCUCUUUUCUUCGUAACUUUCACUCUCACUCUCAACCCCAUUCAUUUCACAAUCCUGGUGACGCCGUCUCACACUUCAAUCGCAUGCUUCAAAUGCGUUCUACCCCACCCAUCUUCGAAUUCGGCAAGGUUUUAACUUCCCUUGUCAAGAUGAAGCAUUACUCCACCGCUAUAUCCCUUUCUCGCCAAAUGGAAUCUAGUGGAAUUGCGCCAAACAUUGUUACUCUCAACAUCCUCAUCAAUUGCUACUGCUACCUAGGUCAAACCACUUCCGCAUUUUCUGUAUUGGCCAACAUUCUCAAGAGGGGUUUUCAGCCAACUACCAUCACCUUCACUACUCUUAUCAAAGGUCUCUGUCUUCACGGAAAUGUUCACAGAGCUCUGCAAUUUCAUGAUGUCGUGCUGGCCCAGGGGUUUCAGUUGGAUCAAGUCAGUUACGGGACCUUGAUCAAUGGGCUAUGUAAAAUUGGGGAAACAAGAGCUGCUUUGGAGUUGCUUAUGUGGAUUGAAGGGCGAGGGAUUAAACCUAAUGUGGUAAUGUACAACACCAUCAUUGAUAGCCUUUGUAAAGAUAAACUUGUUGUUUUUGCUGUUGCUGCCAAAAGCGUGACCAAAACCUUAAUUGGAAGAACAAGGUUUGUGCUUUCUGUGCUUGUUGAUUUGACUGGAACAAAUGAUGAUGAUAAACCGUGGGUCAAAUGUUUCAGCUGA